AUGUCCGCAGCAACUAGUCCGCACCCUUCGCGUGCGGCCAGUCCGACGCCAGGGCGCGAGUUCAGUACCGAGAGCUACUUCAAUACCCAGAGACCGCCGGCCAGGCUCGAGGUGCAGACUGAGGCGAUGCGGUCGUUUGUGCAGAAGUGGGAUGGCAAGAGGCGCGUCGUUCUUGUUACUUCUGGCGGCACCACCGUCCCCCUCGAAUCCAACACCGUGCGCUUCCUUGACAACUUUAGUGCUGGUACCCGCGGCGCCACGUCAGCCGAGUACUUUCUGAGUGCCGGCUACGCCGUCGUGUUCAUGCACCGACUGCACUCUCUCCGCCCAUUCAGCCGACACUAUUCGCACAGCCUAAACCCGUUCCUGGAUCUCUUGACAAUUUCUGGCGACAGCGUCGUCGCGACUCCGGAACAGGCAAAGCACCUCCUCCCCGUGCUUAGGGCGUAUAAUAGGGCUCACGAUGAGGGGACAAUGCUAAGUAUCGACUUCCAGACCGUUAACGAUUACCUGUGGCUUCUGAGGGCAGCGGGGCAGGUUAUGGCGCCGCUGGAGCGCAGAGGCAUGUUUUACCUCGCGGCAGCGGUUUCGGAUUUCUUCUUGCCCGACGACAAGGUGGCCGAGCACAAGAUCCAGAGCGCCAAGGGAUCGCUGCACCUCGAAAUGGACCAGGUGCCCAAGGUCCUACGCCCGCUCGUGCAGGAGUGGACGCCCGAGGGUUACAUUGUCAGCUUCAAGCUCGAAACCGACGACAACUUCCUCAUCCCCAAAGCGCGCGCUGCCCUUGCGCGGUACGGGCACCAGCUCGUGAUCGGCAACGAGCUCCACACGCGCAAGUAUCGUGUGGUCUUCGUCGAGCGGGCCAUCACUCCACCCGCGUCCGGAAAGGAAGGAUAUUUUACGGGCGGGGUACGCGGGCUGGUCGAUAAGCGGAUCACUGGGGCCAUGACGCCGCCGCUGCGCGGCGCGCAGACUCCUGGUGGCGGGGCGUACGAGGAGACGUGGCUUGAGCUGGAUCAGCUCAAUGGCGGCGAUAAGGAAAAGGAGAUUGAAGAGUACAUUAUUGGCGAGCUGGUCGCGCGGCAUGAGGCGUGGAUCGCCGCUAAGAAGUAG